AUGUCUGCCACUUCAGAACCAGAACUGAUCGAAUUAAUGAAUUCUAUAAUGGUUUUUGAUAAUUGCGAACACAUUGAAGAUAGUUACAUAAAUUUGAAAAGUGUUGAAAUUGAUGAUUCCUCAGAUAACGAAAGUGAAAGUACAAGUAAUAUGAAUAUGGUCGACAAUAAUGUGAUCAAUAAACUACAUAUACCAGAAACACCUGAUACAAAUAAAGAAAUACCAAAAGACAUAACCUUUGAUUCGUGGAACGAAGUUGAAGCAUUCUUUUUGGAUUAUGGUGCACGAAAUGGUUUCGCAGUCAACAAAUAUAGGAACAAAAAAUCUAAAACAGGAAUAAUACAAAAUAGAACUUUUUGCUGUGAAUUUUAUGGAACAUACAAGCCUAAAAAAAGUUUGGCAGCAGCCCAAAAUGGAACACAAUGUAAUACAAGAACAAAGAAGCAAAACUGCCCUUGGCAUUGUAAUCUCUUGUUGUGUCAAACUGGAUUUCAAAUCCAAAUUACAACCCUGAAUAAUAGACAUAACCAUGUUCUUGUACCAGAAACCCUAAAAUUUGGACUUAAGUACAGAUCUUUAAACGAAGAAGCUUUGAAAGAAAUUGAAAUAAUGUCCAAACACAGAAACUUAUCAAUUACAUCACAAAAAAAGCUUCUUAAAGUUCAUUUUCUGGAUUUGAAUAUUCAAGAUAAUGAUCUUGCUAAUGCUAUUACUGGACAAUUUCUUUUUCCUGAAGUAGUUAAGGUACUGGAUGAAUAUCUAACCGAGGUAAUCAGCAAUAUGAUUUUAAUAGAAAUAAGCCAGUGUCUUUUUUUAUGUGUGAAAAGGUUCGAACCUACGAAUGAAGAUUUAAUUCGGGAGCAAGAAACAGUUGAAGAAAUCCGGAAUGGAUUUAUAGAAGACCAAUACGAUAAAGUUACGGAAAUACGCAAUGAAAAAAAACAUUACGUUUACUUUGUAGCGGUUGUUAAUCCAAUUUUCUAUUUAUGUUCAUGUUUAAUAAGUAUUAACAAAGGCAUUAUUUGUCGUCAUUAUUUUCGUAUAAUGAUGCAUUCAAGUAUAGCGGCUUUUCACAUAUCAAUGAUACCUAUUCGAUGGUAUAAAGAUUCACAUCAAGAAAAUUUAAUACCAGAAGGAGACAAUUUAAUAUCAUUCGAUUAUGAGAAAAGUAUUUCUGACUCAGACCUGAGUAAUGACACAAUUUUUCUAGCACGAAAACCAGGACUUGCACGAGAAGCUACUUUGCUUGCUGUAGAAAGUGAUGACAAAAAAAAAAGUAAACGAUCUGUAAAUCAACAAACCAUCACAACUAAUCAAGAACAAAACGGCAUAACUAAUCAAGAACAGGAUGGCAUAACCAAUCAAUCUUCAUCUGAGAGUAUAAUUGAACGAGAUAUUGAUCAAGACACUGAAAUGCUGUCAGAAAAUGAAGGAUCGGUCUCUCCUGUUUCUGAAUCUGCGUUAAACUUCACUGACAUUUGA